AUGCCGUACCGGCUCGUCUUCGUGAAGCCGUCGUCCAAUUUGACUAAUCCCUGUUCGCAAGCACGGGGCUUGCAGGACUUUGAUCAGGCCCGCCCACGCCGCAUCACGCGCCGAUGGAUGGGCAUGGCCAGGGAUUACAUUAGCAAGGCUGGCUUCUUGUGCACAGGGAGAUGUCCAGCACUUUAUAUACCUAGUACGUUCCAACAUGUGGGCCAUGUUCAGAUCAUGCAAGGUGUUGCCCCAUGGACGUUGAAACACGCAACAACCCUGGGCACAUCAGGGUUCGGAUCUCAUACCCGAGACCACUACUUGAGCCAGCCGGGACCGCUGGGUGGGAGACUUCCUCGGGUUCGCCAUCCGAGUGAUAAAUCAAGGCUCGUCAAUCUUCACAUUCGCGCUGCUAUCGUCUAUGCAUUCAUGGAGUCGAUGCUCUCAUAUCAAUGCAUUCCGCGGCUCAGCUCUCGGGAUGAAGGGACAGCCAUCAUCCCAUCCAUGAUUUCGGCCGCUGCUGUUCCAGUGUCCGUCCAAGUGCUCCAAAAUUGA